UGAAGGGGCGUGGGAGGAGGAUGCCGAAGUGGGCAGUAUAUUGGGAACCGGAUAGCAUCAGCGCCUCUUUAUAAUUUGUCGAGUACUGCCGGAACAGAUUGCCAUCCAUUAUGGCAGAAGGUGGGGAGCCAAGCCGGCGGCAGGGGACCUUCAAGAGCUGGAUCAGCUUAUGGCAGAACAGGACAAGAAGCUGAGCGCCUGCGAGGACGGCUUACGCCAGUGGCGCCGCUAUUCGGACGACUACCGGGCCCUGCGCCAACGGCUGGCCUCGCUGCCCGACAAGCUGAGUCACGAGGUCACCGUGCCGCUCGGCCCGCUGGCGUUCGCGCCCGGCCGCCUGGUGCACACCAACGAGCUGCUGGUGCUUCUCGGUGACAACUGGUUCUGCAAGACGAGCGCCAGCGCCGCCUGCGGCAUCGUCGACCGCCGGCUGGAGCACUGCGACAAGACGCUAUCGUCGUUGGAGAAGGAGCGUGACCUGUUCGCCGGCUGGCGGCAACAGGCGGCCGGCCUGCAGGAGGCCGCGGUCGGGGACGUGCGCGAGAUCACGGAGCCGCUCGACGAGGAAGCCGAGCUGCAGUGGCGCC